CCUGAGUGGGGGGGUGCAAAGAAAGGGGGGGUGCAGAGAUUUUUUUUGAAUUCUCAUUUUGCAGAUUCGAUACCAUUGCACCCCCCCCCCCACCGACUGCACUUCUGCAAAAAGGUUUGAAAUUGGAAUUACAUGGUUCGGGUGCGGGCUGUGGUGAUGAUCCGAGACGACUCGAGCGGAGGUUGGGUGCCCAUGGGCGGCGGCGGCCUGAGUCAUGUGAUGAUCUGCAAGGUUCGGUGCCCGGAAGAGGGGCGGCAUCGGCAGUACCUGAUCAGUGGGGAGCGCCUGCGGGACCAGACGACCAUCUUGGAAUGCACGCUGAAGAGGGACCUUGUCUACAACAAGGUGAACCCCAUUUUCCACCACUGGAAAGUUGGGGACAACAAGUUCGGCCUCACUUUCCAAAGCCCUGCCGAUGCCGUGGCCUUUGAAAAGGGAGUGCAAGCUGCCCUGGAGGAGAUCGCAGAAGGUUCCCUCUCGCCUUCCUCUUCUUCCUCCUCACAGAAUGAAGCCAACAGAAUGGAUGAAGCCCUUGCAGUGCACACGGACAGCGAGUCUUCAUCCAAUAGUCGGAAGGAAAUGCUUCCCAAGCCUACUACGAUUGUGACUAGUGAGUCUUCGUCCAGCUGCUACCUCCGUUCACCUGUCUCAGAAGAGUUCUCCUUUGGCACGGCACAAGGGGCGAUGUCUGCCGGACAGGUCCAGCCCCAGGUCCUGCAGCAGCUGACCCUCCCGGAUGAAGAAGAUCUGGAGAGCAUCACCCCCUGCAAAGAUCUCUGGAUCACCAAAGGGUACGAGGAUUAUCGGCGGGCUGUGGUGCAGAAGCACCAGCCUGACCCUGACAAGAUCGACAUCUGCGUGCACUUUGAGAAGGCCGGAGGAAGUGGCAGCAAGUCCCCACGGGAGAAAGAAUAUUGCUUCCCACCUGGGGCUGAAGGGCGGCUCAAGGACCCCAAAGCUUCUCCGUCCUGUCGCAUCCACAAUGCCCCGUCGCCACCCAAACACAAGUCUCUGAAGGACCAGCAGCAGCAUCAGGGGUCUGGGGGGUUAGAGGAAGACACGGUGCCGUCGCGCUGUGUCUACUGCCGGGACGUCUUUAACCAUGAGGAAAACGGGCGUGGGCAGUGCCAGGAUGCCCCCGACCCGAUUGGCCGUUGCGUCUACCAGUUCACUUGUAUGUGGUGCGCUGAGAGCAUGCUGUACCACUGCAUGUCAGACUCGGAAGGAGAGUAUUCGGACCCUUGCUCCUGUGACACCGGCCACCCCCACUUCUGCAUCCGCUGGAUGGCCUUGGUCACUCUGUCCCUCGUGGUCCCUUGCAUGUGUUGCUACUUACCCCUCCACGCCUGUCACUGGUGCGGCGAGCACUGCGGCUGUUGCGGUGGGAAGCACAAGGCGGUGCGGUGAACCCAGCCGGAUCGGAAGGUGGGUGCUUGGUUAGAGCCAUCGGGGCAACAGGCAGGCGCCAGAUGGCUUGCACGGAAGCCGGAGGCUUGCUGGGGAUACUUCCCUCUGAUCUCUCCCCCCUCUCCUCUUGCGUCUCUUUUGGGAAAGAGGGUGUUGUGUUCGAGGCCCGGUCGAUGGGAUUUUUGUUUUUCGUUUUCCCAUUUUGGAAACUGGGGACCUUUUUAAAAAAAGUAGCUAAACUAAGAGAAAGAGGCAAGAAGGGAAAGGUUGAGGAAAUGCCGUUGCAAACCGAUUAUGGGCUCAGGGGUCCAAUACGAUAGUGAAGGUAACAGGAUAACGCCUCCCUCCUUUUUCUGUUACCACACGAGGGAUGGAGAUGAAAUAUAAAUAUAUAUAUGCACAUACACACAUACAUAUAUUGUUUGGGGGGAUUAAUGCACAGCAGGGAAGGGAACCAAUGUUUACCUGUGAACAUGUAACCCAAAAUUGGAAUGCUACCUGUGAUAUCCAUGAAAUCUGUGAAAUCUCACAUUCCUCCGUCUGUAGAAUUGCGACCACGUUUAGGCCACGCUGAUGCAGGCCUGCGUGGUGUGUUAACACUGUUUGCGACCCUCUAGCCAAGUAUAAAUGGGAGACACGACUGGUUCACCAGCGCCCCCGAUUGGCAGUCCCAGGUAGGAAGAAAAAGAGAGGGAAAAAACCACCCAGGAAGUUGUAUGGACCAGUGGCAUGCCACCGUGCAUGGCUUUAUUCAGUUUGGUAGAUCCUGUGUAAAAUAUUAAUCGAGACAAACUGAUUCUCUGAUCUUCACCUCCUAAACUCUUACACAAACACUCCCAUCACUUAACACUAGCUUUAUUCUCCUGGGGUCGUUUUGGCUUAUAUUAUCCAACUGUCCACCAAAAAUUCUUUACCUGGUCAGCUUAUCCUUCCAGGCCUGGCUUCCCAUGAUGCCAUCGCUUCCUGUAGCAUAUUCCAGAGGAUGCUCCAUUUUCCUGCCCUUAAACUUUGCCUCUGCAGCAGAGGGGUCAAACCAGGGCUUAAGACGGGAACGCCGCAUGGUUUGUUGGCCUGCUGGACUUCAGCCUCAGCUGGCAGGCUGAUGCUCCCCCAAAUGUGCUGAAGAGCUCAACAGCUGAGGUCUGUUGGGAAUGGAAGAGAGAGCCACCCCUGGAUGUCUGCUUGGUUCUGAGGGCUUGGAACUGGAUACUAACUCUCCCCAUUUCCAGCGAGAACAUCUUUUGAAAACAAAGUGAACUCAUGUCAGGCACAAAACAGCUAAGCCCACUGCUAGUAUUCUUUAUUAUUAUUAUUAUUUAUUAUAUUUAUAAACCGCCCUCCCCUGGAGGGCUCAGGGCGGUGAACAAAACAUACAGAUAGAGCACAAAAU